AUGACAUUGUACAUUGCCUAUCCUACCGCAUCAUCUGGCAAUUACGAGUAUCGAGCUGAUCUUUCGAAGGACUACUAUGGAGAGAAGGUUUUCCCUCCAAUAGGGUGCGUCGGAAUCACGCAGUUUGAGAACCAAAAGAGCAAGACGAACUACUUUGCAAAUGUAGAGAAAGCAAGGUCGUUGCAGAGGCGUUUCAUGGAAGAAGCCGGGGUGGACGUGGUCGGCCGGGUCAAAGCGCUCCUUCAAUCGAUUGUGCCAGCAGGUCUACCAGUUCGGCUCGCGCAAGAAGAUGGGAAAACGUACUUUGCCGGCCUUUUGCGACUUAUUAACAGCUCUGCUCUUAUACACGCUGAUUACGGGCCUUUCGACGGACCUGGCUGGGAGAUUGGUGCGAUCAAGGCUCAGCUGACGUGGAACAUCCUACUCAAAGAGGUUCGAGGAGGCGAGAGCGUUGUGUACAACCGCUUUUGGAAGGGCAAGGAAGAUGAUGACAAGUUCCGUGAUGUCACCAAGAGCUAUGGGUAUAGCCGCGAUGUUAUCAAGGGGUGCGAGUCAAAGAAGAUUGCACCAGUUGUCGGCCAGCUGGCCCUGUUCAACCCGAGGAACUUUCACGAGGUACUGGCCAUCGAGAACCCAGAGAAAGUCUCUAGGUACACGUUCAGCUCGUUCAUCGGGUACCUCCCACCAACAGCCCCUGAAGGCCCCGCCAUUAUUCUAUGGUCAUGA